UCCAAAGAUGAAGACUUCCUUUGUUUUAGCUGUUUUAGUUUGUGUCGGUCUAACCGUGAGCGCCCAAAAGAAUGACUUCUUGUGCGAUGCCUGCGUAGGAUUGGCAAACGUGGUCCAGGAAUACGUACGAAAAGACAUUCCAUUGAGUGAAGUUGAAGAAGAAGUAAAAGAAUUGUGUAAGAUUUUACCAGGAGACUUGGAAGAUUUAUGCGAAGAAAAACUCCUUCCAGAAGUCGAUAAUAUCUACAACCAGCUGAAUAGCACAACGCCCCAAGAAAUAUGCGAAUUUUUGGAAUUUUGUGAACAACAAUAAUAUGACUGUUAAAAGAAAUGUUAUUUAAAAAAUAAACAAAUACUUUGUUAUUUAUU